AUGGCUGAACUACCAGCGAAUCUGUACCUCAAAAAGAUUGGCCCCCACAUCUUCCUACCAACGAUUGUAACGAUUUGGGGUAUUGUUACCACGUUUCAAGGGUUUAUCACCUCUUAUAGCGGUCUGAUCGCGACUCGAUUUUUUCUUGGUUUAGUCGAAGGUGGACUAUUUCCGGGGAUAGUCUUGUAUCUUUCAACCUUCUAUACUCGUCGUGAAUUGCAACUGCGUAUUGCUUUAUUCUUCUCUGCAGCCUCAUUAUCCGGCGCUUUCUCAGGGUUAUUGGCAUAUGGCUUGAUUUGUUUGGAUGGUGUGGGCGGCAGACCGGGGUGGGCUUGGAUCUUCAUUGUCGAGGGUCUCUUCACCCUUGUGUGUGGGAUUUGUGGCUAUUUCAUCAUCCCGGCUACACCAACUGCAACCCGCUUCUUGAGCGCGAGACAAAAAGGUUUGAUAGUAGCCAAGGAAAUCCUUCUUCAAUUCAGGAUCAUAUCAAGACGUUUAGCGAGAGAUACACCUAUGGGAGCUAUAGAUGAACAGUUUUCCUGGUGCGAUGUGUGGGCAUCACUUAAGAGCCCGCACGUUUUAUUCAAUUCUGUGACGUUGUUCGGAUCUGGAACUGCUCUUUACAGUCUUGCGUAUUUCCAACCAACCAUUGUCAACAGUCUAGGAUACGAUUCAAACCGUGCACAGCUCAUGAGUGUACCUCCAUUUGCCGUGGCCUUUGUUGUCAUGAUGUCGACUGCCUAUGUUUCAGAUCUCUUUGAGGCCAGAGGGGCCACGACGUGUGGAGCUGCAAUUCUUGGACUCAAGUACGGCUCACUAUUUUUAUCUGUACCUGGAAUUUACUCUAUACCACCCUCUUUGGCUGCCUGGCUAUCGAAUAAUAGCUUCGGUCAUUAUCGGAAGGCUGUCUCAAUUGCAAUCGGAUUUAUUUGCACAAAUAUUGGAGGUAUUUUGAGUACCUGGCUAUUCCCGAAUUCAGACAGUCCUCAAUAUCGGAAAGCUACUAUCAUAAACAUCUCAUUCUCUAGUAUCAUUGUGGUUUUUACACUUCUGAACAUGUGUUGGCUUCGUUAUGCCAACGUUCAAAAAAGAACUAAGCGAGAUCAAUUGCUCGAUGGCUAUCAACUCGACACAAGCGACGCUUCAGCCAACUCUGAAGAAAGUAUUCGCGCAUGGAAAGAACUUGGAGACCAACAUCCCGACUUCAUUUACGCGUAUUAA